AUGCGAGUUGAGGGUGGAUCUUUAUUGCCGGACGAUAUGAAAGAAAAAAUUGUAAAUUUAGUAUCAAAAAAUCUUCCAAUUUGUAAAUUGGAAAAAUGCAUUAUAACAAAGAAAAACAACCCGAACCACAUAAAGCGACCGAUGAACGCGUUCAUGGUGUGGUCGCAAAUCGAGCGUAGAAAGAUCUGCGAGGUGCAGCCGGACAUGCACAACGCGGAGAUCAGCAAGCGACUGGGCAGGCGCUGGAAGACGUUGGACGACGCCGAAAGGAGGCCCUUCAUCGAGGAGGCCGAGCGACUGCGACAGCUCCACAUGAUGGAGUACCCGGACUACAAAUACCGUCCGCGGAAGAAGGCCGCGAAGCCACCGUCGCCCCCUAAGUCCAAAGACACCAAGAAGUCAAAGAAGUCCUCCUUGUCAUCAACAUCGUCCUCCACGUCGUCCUCGCCGUUGUCAUCGCCGACCUACGCCCCCGCCAGCCCCUCGAUAACGACUGCCACCACGACAAUAUCCACCAAGUCCCGAAACGACAACAACAACAACAACAAUAGCCACCACCAAACGCCCCUCAAGAGGCUCCAAGGGCACCCCGUCUCCAGCAACCCGGUCUCCAGGCUAAAGAUAAAGCUCGCCCUCGACAAAAGGCCCAUCUCCAUGGACUACACUCCAGUUCCGCCCAAUGUCACCGCUAAAGUACCCAGCAGCCCCUCUUGUGACACUCCAGAUUCUCCAGAAUCUGCGAGCUUCUACGAGGACAACUACCACGACCACCUGGCCCUCACAACCACCACCACCACCAACGUCCCAGGUGCUACCAGAAUGAACAACAACAACAACAACAACAAUAACAACAACAACAACAACAACAACAACAACAACAAUAACAACAACAACAACAGCAACCAUCACAACAAUAACUUGCAGCCCAAAAUAAAGGAAGAAAACGACCUAGAGUUCGGGUCAGAAUUCACGAAUGACCGGCAUAACAUCCACCGGGACUUUGUACUCGGAAGAAGCACCAAUUUCUCAUGUCCGUCCAACCCCCUGCAUCUCGACAACUACAACAGCGUCCUGAUAAAGCAAGAACCUGUCGACAGAAGUACGUCGGCGAUGCUUCCUACCGGUGGUCUUUCCAUAAACAACCACCCGACAAUUAAAAUAGAAGAGCCAGCGAUUCCCACCGCAGCUGUCACUGAUGGCAGUCUAGCAGAUCUAGAUUCCCUCACGGAUUUGCUUCAGAUUCCGACCUCCGAGUACAAUUCAGCCCUGGAUCUCGACAUUGAAUCGAUAACGAGUGAUCUAGAGUCAUUCGAAUCCACAAGCUCAAGUAGCGUAGAGCCAGCUUUUCCGUUCACUUGUACGCCAGAUGUCGCUGAUAUGCUUUCUGGGAUUGGUGUUAACAGUGAUUGGCCGAAUUUUUAG